GCCAUUACCGGGGUUCCUGGCCGCGCUUGUAGCCGGGAUUUGGGGAAAGGGGAUGAGAGGUCGGAGUGUGGGGGACAAGCCGAGGUGGGGUGGUCGCCCGGUGUAUGGGCUGCGUGUGAGGCCCUCCUUCUCGAUGGGAAACGAGACCCUCAGGGUUCCCAUGGCCCUAUUUGCCUUGAACAGGCAGCGGCUGUGUGAAAAACUGCGGAAGAAUGCGGCGGUGCCAAAGAAAUCAGUGUUGGUUCUGCAGGGAGGAGAGCAGACGCAGCGAUACUGUACUGACACUGACGUUGUUUUCCGUCAGGAAUCUUACUUCCACUGGGCAUUCGGCGUGACGGAGGGUGACUGCUAUGGUGCUGUGGAUGUUGCUGCUGGCAAGUCCUUGCUGUUUGUGCCAAAACUACCAGAGAGCUAUGCCACGUGGAUGGGAACGAUUCACCCCCGUGAGCACUUCAAACGUAAAUACGCUGUGGAUGAAGUUCACUUUACCUGUGAUGUGGCAGAGGUGCUGAAGAAGCUGCAGCCAGAUGUACUGCUCACCUUGCGUGGCCUCAACACUGACAGUGGGCACACCACACGAGAAGCCUCAUUCGAAGGGAUCAGUCAGUUUAAUGUGAACAACGUUGUGCUUCACCCGGAGAUCGCAGAGUGCCGUGUGAUAAAGACGGACAUGGAACUGGAGCUCCUGCGUUACACCAACCGCAUCUCCAGCGAGGCCCACAAAGAGGUGAUGAAGGCGGUGCGUGUGGGGAUGAAAGAAUACGAACUGGAAAGCCUGUUCCAGCACUACUGUUACACUCGAGGAGGAAUGCGCCACACUUCGUACACCUGCAUCUGUGGCAGUGGGGUGAAUUCCUCUGUCCUGCACUAUGGUCACGCGGGCGCUCCCAACGAAAAGACCAUCCGGGAUGGUGACAUGUGCCUCUUUGAUAUGGGUGGAGAGUACUACUGCUACGGGUCAGACAUCACCUGCUCCUUUCCAGCCAACGGCAGGUUCACUCCCGAGCAGCGCGAUGUCUAUCAAGCCGUUCUGAAAGCUUCGCGGGCGGUGAUGAAUGCAAUCAAACCAGGGGUAGCCUGGCCAGAUAUGCAUCGCCUGGCUGAGCGAGUGCAGCUGGAGGAGCUGGCGAGGAUCGGCAUUCUGAAGGGCAGCGUGGACGAGAUGAUGAAGGUCCAUCUAGGAGCCAUGUUCAUGCCUCAUGGUCUGGGACAUCUCCUGGGAUGUGACGUACACGACGUUGGCGGGUACCCAGAGGGCGUAGACCGGAUCGACGAGCCUGGUCUGCGAAGCCUUCGCACCGCGCGGCAUCUUGUGGCUGGCAUGGUGCUGACUGUCGAACCAGGUAUCUACUUCAUUGACCACCUAUUGGACCAGGCCCUCGCCAACCCAGCCCAGGCCUGCUUCUUCAACGCUGACGUGCUGGCCCGGUUCCGUGGCUUUGGAGGGGUGCGCAUUGAGGAUGAUGUAGCAGUGACCCCCACGGGAAUGGAGUUGCUGACCUGUGUCCCCCGCUCUGUCGAGGAGAUUGAGGACUUCAUGGCCCAGGGAUCUGGCCCCACCAAGCAGUUUGUCCAGCAGACCGCUUGAGGGAUAUCGGUGCAGCCACUGUCCCACCUUACCUUGCAUCCAUUCUAGAUCUAGCCUCGCCUUCCCUUGCAUCCAUUCUAGAUCUAGCCUCGCCUUCCCUUGUAUCUGGAUUGUUCUGUGAUUAGGCUCUGAGUUUCCAAUCAAGCUUUACGCUCAUAAAUCUGCACAAAUUAGUGGAUGGACCAAGCCACAACAGACUGCAGUUGUCAGACACUCAACAAACACCAAAUGUGUAACAUCGAAUAGUACAGGCCCUUCAGUCCCUGAUGUUUAACCUACUCCAAGAUAAAUCUAACCCCUCAGUCCCACAUAGCCCUCUAUUUUUCUAUCAUCCACGUGCCCGAGUCUCUUAAAUGCCCCUAAUGCAGCGGUCCCCAACCACCAGGCCGCAGAUCGGUACCGGGCCGCGAGGAAACGAUAUGAGUCAGCUGCACCUUUCCUCAUUCCCUGUCACACACUGUUGAGCUUGAAUAUAGGGUUGCCAACUGUCCCGUAUUAGCCGGGACAUCCUGUAUAUUGGGCUAAAUUGGUUUGUCCUGUAUUUCUCCCGCUAAGGUAGAGCGUUCCUAUGAAACCUUUCGUGCUGAAAUGGCGUGAAGCAAAGAGCAAUUACCAUUAAUUUAUAUGGGAAAAAUUUUUGAGCGUUCCCAGACCCAAAAAAUAACCUAACAAAUCAUUCAAAUAACACAUAAAACCGAAAAUAAAUAACACCAAUAUAUAGUAAAAGCAGGAAUGAUACGAUAAAUACACAGCCUAUAUAAAGUAGAAAUAAUGAAUGUACAGCCUAGUCGGGAAGAUGAAGGCAAAACCAAUUUGUGGGAGAAAAAUCGGCAGGUACGCUCAUGUGCACACAGGUGCCCACGCAAGGUUUCAUGGUCAUGGUAGUCUUUCCAGGGGGAAAGUGUCCCGUAUGUGACUGCUACUUUUGUCCCUCAUUUGGGAGUGAGCAAGUUGGCAACCCUAACUGUAAAAGACAUGUUGAGGUGAGUUUAACCCUACUUGAACAGCCCCCCCACCCCCGGUCGGCCGAUCCACAAGAAUAUUGUCAAUAUUAAACUGGUCUGCGGUGCAAAAAAGGUUGGGGACCCCUGCCCUAAUGUAUUUGCCCCUAUGACAGCCUGUUGUAGCCUACGUUGUCCAUACCAUCACAUUUGUGACAUAUGCAAACCUUAAUGAAUUUGCUUUUGCCACAUCCUCAAAGAAUUCAGUCAGGCUUGUGAGGCACAACCUGCCCCUCACAAAGCCGUGUUGACUAUCCCUAAUCAGACUAUGCUUCUGCACAAUCUGCUUCUUUACAAUACUUGUAAAUCCUGUCUGCAAGAAUCUUCUCCAAUGGUUUGCCCAUUAAUUGUCCGUAAUUCCCAAGAUUAUGUUUCUUGAACAUUUGCCAGCCUCCAAUCUGGUAUUACUCCUGUAGCCAGCGAGGACACAAAGAUCAUCGGCAAAGAUGCAGCUAUCUCUUCACUCACUUCCCAAAAUAACUUGGCGUGUAUCACUGGGAACAUAUCUAUCCUAAUGUUUUUCAGAAGUUCCAGCACGUCCUUUCUGAACGUUGACAUGUUCAAUCAUAUCAGCCUGUUUUACUCUCACUGGGAAAUGCUGAAGCAAAGUAUUCAAUGGGGAAUUCACCUACCUCUUUCGACUCUGGGCACAUUUCCUCUUUUUUCCCUGAUCAGUCCCACCCUCACUCUCGUCAUCCUCCUUCACAUACUUGUACAACGCCUUGGGGUUUUCUUUAAUUGUACUCACCAGGCCUUCUCAUGUCCCUUUCUUGCUCUCUGAGGUCCAUUGGCCUUCCUGGCUAUCUUGUGAACCUCAACAGCUGGGUUCAACAUACACAUUGAAAACAUGAAAGCAGAACAGAUUUUUUCCUCGCUAACACAUACAUAUUCCCUUCCCAGCACACAAGCAUACACAUUGAAAACAUGAAAGCGAAAUAAAUUUUUUGCUCGCUGACGCACACAUAUAUUCCCUCCCCAGCACACAAACACCUCUGGCCUGUAUUAGUCAAUCCCUCUACCUCCAGCCCCAGCGGGGUGGAGUGUGGGAAUAGUGACUGCCUGCAAUCAUUGUGUUGUUGGGACUGGGAAUUCUGUCUUUAUCCGCCACAUGGGGACUGAUGUCCCCUUCCCCAGGGUGAAGUCUGCUCCUCUUCUCCCUUGCUGUGCACUGGGGAAUGGGUCAGAGACAAGGCGCUGUGUGGUCAGGAUUGACCGUGGAUGUUGAGUCCUAGCUGUCAUACACAAGCGAGAGCAGUAUGAUAUGGAGAGCAAGCUGUUGCCCACUCAGCUGAAGAACUCAAAGGAACGGCAGAGACCGAUAUCGUCUGGCACCAGCAGCAUCGCAGGAGUUGCCAGUCAGCAUAGGACUGCUUUAUAGGCUGCAGUUCCUGACUUUUCCUCAGGGUUUACUCCGAAAACCUUCCCCAUGAGUGGGUAUAGCUGCAAGGCAGCAGAGGUUUGAGAUCUGAGUUUCCCUUCUCAAUGGUUUGCCAACCAGGGCUGACGAGCCCCAUCUUCCCAAAGGGCCAGAGCAGUGGAGAGUGAAUGGCUGAACCCAGGAUCUGUGUUGGGUCUGUGAAUGUUUCUCCAUCUCCUGCAGCCUGCCGUCAAGGAGGACAUGGAAAAGGUGCCAAUCACUUCAUGUUCCUAUCGAUUUUUAUAAUUUUACAAAUAAAGUAGCCACGAUUCUUGCA